AUGAGCGAGCUACAUGUUUUACUAGAAUGGAUUAACACAACGCUGCAGCAUGAACACAUUGUGGUGAGAAACUUAGAACAAGACCUAUAUGAUGGAUUAGUCCUUCACCAUCUCUUAGAGAAACUUGGAUCCCUAACUUUGAAAGCAGAGAAGCUUGCCCUGACAGAAAUGAAGCAACGGGUCAAACUUGCAACUAUUCUAGAAACUGUGAGCACGUGUUUAAAACUAGAAGAAAGUGAACUCAAGUGGAAUGUGGAUGCCAUCUUGAAGAAGGAUUUGCUAAGUACACUGCAUCUCCUGGUGGCCCUUGCUGAGCACUUCCAGCCAAGACUUGCAUUGCCCCCAAAUGUUAAAGUGGACAUAAUCAACAUAGAGCGCACUUCAAAUGGACUGAAGACAGAAAAUGCAAUAGAGUUCAUUACCAAGGACAGGGAAUGCGAAGAAAGCUCUUCAAAAGCUGAGAUUUUUGAUGACUUAUUGAAACAUGCCCCAGAGAAACUGGAUGCUGUAAAAGAGGUACUUCUGAAAUUUGUCAACAAGCACGUUGAGAAAUUAGGGUUAACUGUAAAAGACAUAAAUGCACAGUUUGCAGACGGUGUUAUUUUGAUCUUGCUAAUUGGGCAGCUCCAAGGCUAUUUUCUGAACUUGGGAGAGUUCUUCCUGAAUCCAACUUCUGUUUCUGAAAAGAUACACAAUGUUAAUCUUGCUGUAGAGUUGCUUAUGGAUGAAGGUCUUCUAGACACUCCUAUCAACCCUGAAGAUGUUGUGAACCAAGAUACAAAUGCCACAUUGCUGCUCCUAUACUGCCUAUUUUCCAAAUUCAAGGCCAAAGAAAAAUGAAGAACAAAACCAGAAGGCUCAUCUCAAACACAGUUUUGCCACUGAAUUAUCUGAUUUCAAAUGUCAACAUUUCUUUGAUGCUUUGCAACUAUAGA